AUGCUAUCGAUUUCGAGCAGGAGCAAAGACCUCAGCGACAGCGGAGAGGCUUGCACAAGGUUCUGGCGCGCGCGAUCAGGAAGCAUGCGAGACGUACCCACCGAUGACAACGUCGUACCCCGGGUCAUUCGAUCGCAGCAAGUUUCUAUAGAGGGCUGCACUCGCUACGCAACACGGAGCAGAGGCCCAUCUAUUGAUCCUCCGAGGACGUUUGAUCGUCCCCAAACCCGUCUACUAAAGCGGCCCCGCAUCAGCUACGAGGCAUUCUCUGCCAAAUUCGCGUCAUCGGCAGCCCCGAUCCCCAGUAUUGAGGAGCUGCCAAGCCCUCAACCGCCAUCGCCUGCGCCCACGGCGGCGACGCUAGCUCUUUUGCCUGGCAAGGCCGAGGAACCACAAACCCAGGAAACAGCUCCCAUCACAACCACGGUAGGGUCAUCGUCGCUGCCUGGCACGCUUUAUAAAGCGACGACGCCGGACAUCAUGUCCACGCCCUUAAGUGAUACCGACGCAGACGGCACAAACACAGCCAUGGCCUUCCCUACCAACAGCAACGCCUCCCCUACGCGCCGCGCCGGCGCCAACACAUAUUCACCUCCCCGUCCCUCUCCGCUCCGCGCCAUGGAGACGGCUGGUGCCGAGCCCGCGCGCUCUCACUCCACCAUCGCGGCCGCGCCACUCCGCUCCUCCCCGCCCCGAGCCACGAUCACAGUAGACGCGGCGCUGGCGGCCCAGCGUGCCCCUGACACGGUCCCCCUGCCCCCGCCCCCGCCAACAACGGACGUCGACAUGGUGGACGAGCUGGCCGCGCCCGCAACCUCCCAGCCGGCCCCCCAAUCCUCUCCUCAAGGCGCUGAAGGCCCGAGCAGCGCGUCGGCGCCGCCUACUUCCCUACCUGACCCCGAUGGGCUCACCAUGUACCAGCAGCGCCAGUGGUAUAUCGACGCUGUCGUCCUCUUUGGCGCGAAGACACCAAACAGUGACCCUGCUGUGAACUGGGAGUACACGGUGCCGUGGGCGUGGAGGGACGCGCGGCUGGAUGAGACGGAGGAGAUGCGGGCGGAGCGGAAGAGGAUGUGGAGGAAUUUGCGGGAGUGGAGUCGCUUGGAUGAUUCGUGAGUAUUGAUGUUGUGUGCACGGAUGUGUUUAUAGAGGAUUGUGCUAAACGAUUUUGUAUAGCUUUCGAUGAUUCUUGGAUGGCUGUGCAGAGGCCGCUGUCGCUGCGCGAGGGGAUGAAAC